CGACGAAGUCAUUUUCAAAGUUCCCGGAAAAAAAAAAAUGUAAAAAACUGUAGUUCCUCGGAAUCGCCGGCCUGUCGUAAAUUCACGUCUCUCUCUCUACAAGUAGAUCGGCGAUCGAUCUCUCCUCUCGCUUAGUGCUAUCAAUUGCGCGAUCAGGCAUGGAGGCCUUCCGGAAGCUUAGGGAUCAGGUCGCUCGGCAGCAACAGGCUGUGCUGAAACAAUUUGGAGGUGGAUCGUUUGGAAGUUCUGAAAACAUAAGCUUAGAUGAGGUUGAACUUCGGCAGCACCACAGAAUCGAAAAGUUGUACACAUCAACCCGCUCAUGCAAGCAUUUCCAAAGGGAUGUUGUUCGAGGUUUGGAAGGCUACAUUGUUACAGGCUCAAAGCAAGUGGAAAUUGGUAACAAGAUGGCAGAAGAUAGUAGGAAGUAUGGUGCUGAAAAUACCUGCACAAGUAGUAACUCAUUAACUAAAGCUGCAUUUAGUUUUUCUAGAGCACGCACACAAAUGACGAAGGAACAGGAGUAUUUAUUGAGAGUUUAUAGCACCCAGGUUGCCGAACCCUUAAGAGCAUUGAUACUCGGUGCUCCUUUGGAGGAUGCUCGACAUCUUGCUCAGCGGUAUGGAAGAUUGCAUCAAGAGGCUGAAGCUCAGGCAAUUGAAGUUUCAAAACGUAGGGUAAAAGCAAAGGAAGUCCCUGGCAAUUUUGAUAAUAUUUCAAAGUUGGAAGCUGCUGAAACUAAGCUAGAAGAUUUGAAAUCAAACAUGAAAGUCCUUGGCAAGGAAGCAGCAUCAGCAAUGCUUUCUGUUGAAGUUCAACAACAGAAGCAAACUUUACAGAGACUCAUUGCAAUGGUUGAAGCAGAACGCAUUUACCAUCAAAGGAUAGUACAAAUACUUGAGCAACUUGAAGGAGAGAUGGUACUUGAACGCCAAAGAGUAGAAGCAUCUCCAAGCCUAGCAUCUCCGAGGCCAGUCAUAGAAAACCAAAUGCCGCCACCUCCAUCUUAUGAAGAAGUAAAUGGCAUCUCUUCUUCGGCUGCCAUUGAUGGAUCAUCUGAUUCCAUGGAGUUUUUCUUGGGAGAGGCCAUGCAUUCAUUUCGAGCUGAGUCAGAUGUGGAGCUUAAUUUGUCAGCUGGGGACUACAUUGUUGUGAGAAAGGUUUCCGGCAAUGGUUGGGCAGAAGGCGAAUGCGGGGGGAAAGCAGGCUGGUUCCCUCUCGCACAUAUUGAGAGAAGAGAACGUGUGCUUGCAAGCAAAAUUUUGAAAGUCUAAUCAUACGAAUAAUUUGAAUUGGUUACAGAGGCUUCGUUUGGGACGGCUUUUUUGCUGCUUUUUAAAGCAAUUUUUUAAAACAAAUAUUUUAAUUUAUGUAUUAAAAAGCUACUUUAAGAAGUAGUAAGAAAGCCGUCCCAAACAAAGUCAGAAACAUAAACAGGAUGAAAAGUUCAUACAAAAUUGAUUUUUGUUUUAUUAUAGCCAUUGUUGGAUAAUCAUGAAAAUGUAUACAAACUUGCUUACAGACCUUAUUGUUUUACAAUUUUAAAGGUGCUGAUAUAUUAUAUUUUUUAUCAUUCA